CAGUCGGUCAGAUCCCACAGCAGCAGCCGCAGCUGUUAAUAAGGAAUAAUUUCAGAAAUCUCAUCAUGAACUACUACAAGCUCUUGGUUUUCGUUGCCCUCCACCUGGCCAUUAGCUUGGGAAAGUCCGAGGCCGGUUGGCUAAAGAAGAUCGGUAAGAAAAUUGAACGCGUUGGCCGGCACACUCGGGAUGCGACCAUUCAGGGUCUUGGAAUUGCACAACAAGCUGCAAAUGUGGAAGCCACAGCAAAAGGAUGAAGAGGAGCUAUAUUAAUCUUUAAUCAUUACCUAAGUGUAAUACACAAUAAAAUAAAAUAAUUUGAGCUGUA